AUGCUGAGCAGGAAAGCGGAGAUGCAGCUCGUGGUCGGUUCUAUGGACCGCGGGAGGGUGGCGGAGCGGCUGCGCGCGGCACUGGCUGGACUGCACGAGCUUCACGUUCUGCGCCAGAAGCAGGGAGAUAUGGUGCAGCGCGCGCUCAGGACGGACACCGAGCACCAAGAGAAGUUUGAGCAGUCAGACCACAUAGAGGGAGAAACCAACGCUGAGGAGAAGCAGAGACUGGAGGCAACACUCAAUGCCCUCAAACACCAACUGACUCGUCUGCGAAGGCAGGACAUCGGACUGAAAACCCACCUGCAACAGCUGGAUCAGCAAAUAAGCGAGCUCAAACUGGAUGGAUGGAAAGCUUCUGCCGAAUACCUGGAGAGCGACAGCAGACCCAGUUCAGGAUUUUUUGAGCUCAGCGAUGGUGGCUUAGGUUCCCUGUCCAACUCCUGCACAUCGGUCUACAGUGAAUGCCUCUCGUCUUCGUCUCAAGUCAGCCUCCUACCACAGUCCUCGGGCCCCUCGGCUCCUCUCAGUCGUUGCACUCUACUGCAGGCAGAUGUGCCACGUCGCCGCUCUGCAGACGAGUCCACGGCUCAGCCGGACAUUCCACGGGGACUGGGAGUACGGCUGGGUAGCAGCGGAAUACGCACAGGGUCUAUUAGCUCAGAGAGAGCCAGGCAGAGACCUGUGUCAACUGGUGAUCUUGACAGAGUGAUAAAUCCUGGUUUUGGUUCCUACAAACCCACCGAAGUAAAGACCUUCACCCUAAACAGAAAGCUCUGCGAUCCCACCGUGGACCCCAAAUACCAGAGCAACCUUGUAUCCCGCAACGGCACGGAAAUGUACUGCUACCCCAGCCCCUUGCAUGCUGUGGCCCUCCAGAGUCCUAUCUUCUCCCUGAGUGAAGAUCCUACAUCACCCAUGGCCUCUAAAUUCCAAGAGAAGCAGACCAGUGCGGGACUUCCUAUGGAUACACUUCCCAAGCAGGAGCCAACUAGACCUGAUGGUUAUAUUGUCAAACUGCUUCAGCGUAGCUCCAGUAAAAUGAGCCUCCACAGUGACAUAGGUGCAGACAAAAGUCAUAUGUCUUGUAAGGAUAACCAGGGUCAAGGACUAAAUGGAUUCAGAAACAAACAAGUGAACAGUGGACUUGUGGAUGUUGCUAACAUUCAUGGACUGCUUCAGCAGAAAACAGCAUCCUUUGAGAAUUUACUUCAGGGUGAAAAUAAUUUACCAAAGACACAAUCUGACCAGGAGCCAAUGGUUUUGAAUAGCAUUAGGAAAGAAGACCCCGCUCAAAUGUGUCAUGGUCAAUAUUCAGCGAGUGACAGGGAUCACAAACAGGCUGCAGUGAUGGGCGUCAGUCGCAAGGUUCAGAAGGCAGAAGAGAAAGAGCAGAGUAUUUACGUCGACCAAAGCAACAAGGGUGCACCAGUCAUCUCAAAUCAACCAGAGAGGCGACCAAGCUUCAGAUACACCAAUGAAGAGAGUAGAAGCAGUGAUGGAGAUCCCACUCAUACUACUCAGUCUGAGUUUGUUUGUGCCCAGUUUGUGCCUGCAGGGUCUCAGAGGGUAAAGGUUCGUCAGGCAGACAAGAAACCCAAGUCUGUUAAACUUCGGAAGAGAGGAAAUGAGAAGCCGCCGAGCAAAAAGCACCAGAGGCACUCGUAUCGAGACGGACAAGAGAAGGGCAAAGGAUGCAGGAUGCUAAAUCGGGCGGAAAGAGAUUCAAAGAUCUUCAAAGAGAGGGAGAGAAUGGAUGGUCACCUUGUUGAGCCUCGGCUUCGUUCAAGCUCAGAGUCCAGUCUUUUGGGACCGCAAAAUCCAUGUGGAACCUACCAUCAGAUAUAUCGCCAGCCAAAACAGUCCUCCAAGUCCAACAAGUCCCACAAGGCUCAGUUUGCAGACCAGGAGAGCCCUUUCCCUCUCCAAGCCAAAAAGAAGCAAAGCUCUGAAAAAUGGCCCUAUGCUGCAGACAUUCUUCCACCUGCCGUCCCGAGCCAUUACCAAAGGUCCAAAGAUGCGGCCAUUCACAGAAUCCCACAAAAGCCAGGCAUGCUUCGAAGUGUAAGCAUGAGACCCCGCUCGGGUCACUGGGGUGGUCUCGCCCGUCCGCUUCCACCAUCUCUGUCUUAUUCUUCCUACUUUAGCAACUUGGAUAUAAAAUACCCACCUGCACCACUUUCUACCCGCUACCCACCCAAGUGCGAGUCAGAAUAUUCAGCAGAGUGUGCCUCCCUCUUCCACUCCACAAUUGUAGAGAGCAGCGAGGGAGAGCUGAGUGACUAUACCACUAACCGCUUUGGAGACAGUGAGUCCAGUCAAGAGUCUCAGACUGCUUCUGACUCAGACAGCAGCCUAUCUUUGGAUGAAGAUGAUCUCCUUGAGGAAGAUGAGGACGAAGGGGGUCUGGUAUGGGCUGAGGCAGCUGUGGGUCCGACGGCAGCCGGGCACCAUCGUCCCGAGCCGGCUGCAUGUCGUAUAAAGGCUUCCAGGGCACUGAAAAAGAAGAUCCGGCGCUUCCAACCAGCCUCACUUAAAGUUAUGACUCUAGUGUAGACCUCUAGCUUACCCAAAGUCAACAGGGUAUAUGAUUUAAACACCUGUUUUUAAGUGGCACUAAUGCUGUAUACAUGCAAGUUCUUAGAUUUAAUGUAUAUGUGUAUCA